UUCAAAAGGAUAUGCAUUUUUAGCGCUCUAUAUUUCCAUUUCCUCAAUAUCAUUGAAUACACAACAACAAAGACAAUGAGUAAGGAAGAUUUCAUUCAAGAUAAAAGAUCUUCUGCUCACAGGAACAGUUGUCUAUAGACUGCCAUUUCAGAAUAAUGGGCAGCAAUGAAGGUGAUGCUAAUGUCCAUUUGAAACGAGACCAAUUCUUAUCAAAGUGAAUCUCUGAAGUGUUUGACCAAUGGAAGAAAGAUUUUAAAAAGGUUGUGGGUGGGCGUAUGGCCAGGAAGUUCAUAAUUCGUGUGCAGAUGUGUCAAACACACUGAGCGCAGCAACAUGUUUUUAAAAUGGACUACAAACUGUCUUUUAUUUUUGAUUUUAAUUUAUCUUCCACACACAGGCGGAGAGAAUGUUUCCACAGUAAUCAAAGGAGAAACUGUGGAUCUGCUCUGUCACUUACCCAGUAACGACAGUGAACAAUUGAAUGUAGUGUGGACAAAAAAUAGUACGAAUAGUGCCACUACUUGUGAAUGGAUGGUUAAUGGCGUUAAUAUAUCUUCCUUAAAUAAAUGUGAUCCUCGUUUUACAUUAACCAGAGAGCCUUUAAGAGUACAAAUAAAAGACGUUCAGCCCAGUGACUCUGGUUAUCACAGCUGUAAAACUACAAGAAUAAUUCCACCACCAUCAUCAUUGGAUUACUUCACAAAUACGUCACUCCAAGUAGUUGUUCCACGUCUGUCAUUGCAGAAACUGAACAGCAGUAAUGACACCUGUGUCCAUCUGCUCUGCUCUAUUGAGAGUCUGCAGUCUAAGCAGGUGAACUUCACCUGGAGCCGGGGUCAAAGGUCACUUCAUCCAUUCACAUCUAAUGCCACGGAGAGCGAGCUGCGUCUGUGUAAACCUGACUGGAGUGAAGGAGACAUAAUCACCUGUUACGCCAGCUACUCAAGAACACAAACCAAUACAAGUAUACAACUCAAACCAGAGAAUGGCCAAACUGAGAUCCAUCUUCUGGUAGAUGUGGUCCUUUUCAGCAUCUUCAUCAUCAGCAUCGUGUUCAUCUGGAUGUUGUUCAUCAUAUUCAAAUAUAAGUGUGAGACCUGCUGCCAUAAACUAUCAACAUGAAUCCACAUGAACAUGAUCAGAAGAAGCCAAGUCUUUCUUACCGUAAUCUUUUUAAAAGUGUUGUCUUCAGUUUUAGAUUUUUCACUAUGUGCUUUAAUGCAUAUGUUGAAUAUGUAACUUGUAUGUGGUAUGGUGUAUCAUAAACAGCACAUAUAGGCCUACUUCUCCGUAGCGUGUGUAAUUAGCAUCACUAAAGAAACAUAUUUUGAUAGUCAAAUAAUCUGUCUAUGAGCUGCAUCUGUGUAAAUCUGUGUAAGACUGGAGUAAAGGAGACACAAUCAUCUGUUACACCAACUACUCAAACACACACACAAACCCAAAGAAGUACACAACUCACCUCAAUAUAUGCUUGUGACACAGGUGGGUCAUUUUAACUACCUGGACAAACAAGAGUACAGUCUACUAGUUCAGCAAAGCUGUUCAAUGACCUUUAAGGAAUUUAAUUCAAAUAGUUUGAUAAUUAUAAACCUGCUGCUGUGAACCAUCAACAUAAGAGCAUCAGAAGAGAAGAGGCACACUGAACAAUAAGAGCAUCCAUGAAUGUUAACUGAGUUACUAUAAUAUAUGUAUUUUUUAAUGAUAGUUUUUUAUUGCUUUUUGUUUCCUAGAAAUUGAAUGUGAACUCAUUUUCCUUGAUUGUUGUUCAAAUCUAAAUAUUUCUGUUCUAUGUACUCAGUAUUACUUUUAAAUACAUUUCUAAUAUACAAAACAUUUUCUUGUCCAGUGACUGCAUUAAACCAUCCUUUUUAAUAUAAUAUAAAAGCUGAAGGUGUCAUGUGACUCUAAAUAUGCUGUCCUGCGUCAUUUAUUUCCCCAAAACGAAAAUUCUGUCAUCAUUUCCUCACCAUGUUGCAAAACUAAGAAUUUAUUUUGUAGAACAUUAAAGAGAAUGUUUUGAGAAAUUUGAAUUAUUAUCCAUAUAAUAAAAGUCAAUGAUCACCAAAACAGACCUUCAAAAUGUAUUU